AAGAGCCUCAUGUAUCCGUGGACAAAGCACAGAUUAUGCUGAACGUUUCGGACAUCAGCUUCUCGUGGUAAAGAGCUGCAUCCUCCACACUACGUCAGUAUCUAUAGACGCGACUCCAGAACUUCCCAUAUAACGCUGAAAACAUGCACCCAGCACCUCUCGAUUCUAAUCAUCUAAACUGUCUCAUCAACACCCAACUCUCCUUCUCACUCUAUUUGGAUUAUACUACACAUUCAAAAUGGUUGCCCAAGUGGAUACUACUUUCAAUUACUUCAAUGAAGACGCUGGCUAUGACCUGAUCCUCGGCACUGUCCAACCCUUCCGCCGCAAGGUCGACUCCCAAAACGCGACCGCACACGACAUUCGCGGCCAUGAAAGCGAGUUCAAACUCGAUACCCACGGCUUCGAGCUCUGUCACCACCCAAGCAAACACAUGGACCUGGUCAACGAGCCCGACAAAGACAUCGUCAAGAAGCACAUCUACCCAGAAAUCGAAGAAGUGCUCAAGAAAUGUACCGGUGCAAACAACGCUCUUGUCUUCUCCCACGUCACCCGCAACGGCUCCCCCGAGAAAAUCCAAGCCCAAGCCGACGCCUCCACCAGCGACGAAGAACGCACCACCACCGCGACCCCAGCACGCGUCGUCCACAUUGACCAAUCCGCCAUCGGCGCCAACGCCCUCCUCGAAGACAAUCUCCCCGCCGACCUCGUCACCAAAGUCAAAAGCGGCCGCUGGGCCCUAAUAAACGUAUGGCGGCCCCUCAAGAAGAUCCCCCGCGACCCGCUCGCCAUGUGCGACGCCCGCAGCGUCGCCGAGACAGACAAGGUCGAGCUCACAGCCCGUCUGCCCACCUGGAGCGGCGCAAAAUACGGCGCGUCGCGCCCGAGUCUGAGUGCGCUCCACGUGCGCUACAACGAGGCGCACCGUUGGUAUUUUGCCGACGAGAUGACGGAGGAUGAGGUCUGGGUGUUUAAGAUCUGGGAGUCGCUGGAUGAUGGGUCGGUGGCGGGUGGGGUUGCGCAUUCGUCGUUUGUCGACCCGCGCACGAGGGAUGUGCGUGAGUUGCGCGAGUCGAUGGAGAUUAGGAGUUUGGUGUGGUGGGAUUAGAUGUGCGAUGCGGAUCUGUGAGGGGGUUGUAUUAUAUUCUGUAUGAUAUCUAGUGAGAAGAUUCGAUAGGUUGCAUAUGUUACCACCCACUACUAACGCU